CAGACGUCCUGCCCGGCUGCCGCCGCUUACCGAACCUUUUCUAUUGAUAUCCCAUCAAUCGGUUCCGAUGUCCUCCGUCGCUGCGCGUGGCUUUGGGUCGAUCAGUGAGUGAUGACAUCAGCGCGUCACCGUCUGGACUCCACGUGAGCUGAUCGAUCAUAUCAGGUCUCCCAGUCUAGUCCAAAUGCUGCUGGGCUCAAUCCAGAUUAUGGGGGAGCUGCUGUCUGCGGCCGAGGUCCAGGAAAUCUGCGAGAGCCUGAAGGAGAACGGCGUGAGGCUGCUGUCUGUGCGCGGCUGCCAGCUGUCUGACCGCGACUUUGAGCGCGUCUGCCGCCGCGUUGCAGAGUCCACCUCGCUCGCCCAACUGAACCUCAACCUGGGUGUAGUCUCCAGCAUCAGCCGGACGCGCCUCCUGGCUGAUGCUCUGAGAGCCAACCGCUCCCUGCAGACCCUGUUCCUUCAUGGUAGCCCACUGCUGGACAGCGGCCUGCUGACCCUGAACACGGCCCUUUCCACCCACCCCACGCUGGUCUGCUUGGAUCUAGGAGACUGCAUGUUGGGUGACAAGGCGCUGGCUCUGAUCUGUGGGAUGCUGCCCCCAGAUGGAGCAAAGUCUGGCCUCAGGGAGCUAACGCUCAGCGCUAACCCAGGAAUAAGCUCCAAAGGAUGGGCCCGCCUCUCCAUCGCCGUGGCUCACAGCUCACAGCUUCGCGUGCUCAAUCUGGACUACAACCCACUAGGUGAUCAGAUUGCUGGGAUGCUGGCGGUCGCCGUGGCGUCCAGUAGAACCCUGGAGGUGCUGGACCUGGAGGGAACCAACCUGACCAACCAGUCAGCUCAGGUUUUCCUCGACAUGGUGGAGAACUACCCCACCAGCCUGCGGGUUCUGGUUCUGGUGGAGAAUGACAUCAGCCCAGAGCUGCAGCAGCAAAUCAACGAUCUGCUGUCAAACGGAGACGACGACGACGACAGAGAAGCCCCGCCCUCUCCUCAGGGCUCCACCCACGGCUUUGCUCUGCAGCCAGUUAGAGAGAAGCCCCACCACCACCACCACCACCCCACCUGGCUCCCACACAGCAACUCCUGGCCGCAGGCGGUCACGCUGACAUCUAGUCUAGGCGAGAGCUUAUUGGCUGAGACGGAGGCGUGACCCCUCCCACAAACACCUCCUCUCAGACCGCGGCCCCUCCCUGGUUUAAACGUGCACGACACUUUAUUGGACAGUUUGUAGUCGAUCAAACACCUGGUUGGAUGUAACGCCUGCUGGUGGAAGGAGGCGGGGCUAGAAGACGAAUGUGUUUCUUUCACAUGAAUGUUGAUUAUUUUACUGCUAAGAUGUCAAAAUAAAAGCGUUUACAGCAACAGAGGAA